AUGAGCCGCCAGUUUAACUUCUACUCCGGCGGGGAGCACCUGGGCUUCAGCGGCUGCUCAGCUGUUAUCUCGGGCCGGGUCCGCAGCAGCUCAGCCUCGUUCAGGGCCGGCGUCAAGGGCUCGGCCGUCUUUGGCAGCAAGAGCCUCUUCAGCUUGGGAGGCAGCCGGCGCAUCUCCAUCAGCGGCCGGGGCGGCGGCUACACGCUGGCUCAGGGCGCAGGCGGCUGUAGGGGCCGCGUGGGCGGCUUCGUGGGCACGGUCUUUGGCAGGGCGGGGCUGGGGCCGGUAAGUCCGUCCGUAUACCCACCUGGGGGCAUCCCUCAGGUCACUGUCAACAAGAGCCUCCUGGCCCGCCUCAACGUGGAGCAGGACCCCGAGAUCCAGAAAGUUCGUGCUCAGGAGCGGGAGCAGAUCAAGGCACUGAACAACAAGUUUGCCUCCUUCAUCGACAAGGUGCGGUUCCUGGAGCAACAGAACAAAGUGUUGGAGACCAAGUGGAACCUGCUGCAGCAGCUGGACCUGAACAACUGCAGGAAGAACCUGGAGCCUGUUUAUGAGGACUACAUCAACAACUUGCGGAAGCAGCUAGAGACACAAUCAAGAGACAGGGUGAGGCUGGACUCGGAGCUGAGAAACAUGCAGGAUUUGGUGGAAGACUACAAGAAGAGGUACGAGGUGGAGAUUAAUAGACGCACAGCUGCUGAAAAUGAGUUUGUGGUGCUCAAGAAGGAUGUGGAUGCCAUCUACAAGACAAAGGCUGAGCUCCAAGCCAAAGUAGACUCCUUGACAGACGAGAUCAAAUUCUUCAAGUGCCUCUACGAAGGGGAGAUUGCUCAGAUCCAGUGCCAUACCAGUGACACGUCUGUCAUUCUUUCCAUGGACAACAAUCGUGAACUGGACCUGGACAGCAUCAUUGACGAGGUCCGUGCCCAGUAUGAGGACAUCGCCCUGAAGAGCAAGGCCGAGGCCGAGGCCCUGUACCAGAGCAAGAUCCAGGAGCUCCAGGUGACAGCAGACCAGCAUGGUGAUGACCUGAAACUCACCAAGACUGAGAUCUCAGAGCUCAGCCGGCUGAUCCAGAGGAUCCGCUCAGAGAUUGGGAAUGUGAAGAAGCAGUGUGCCAACUUGGAGAUGGCCAUCACUGAUGCUGAGCAGCGGGGGGACUGUGCCCUGAAGGACGCCCAGGCCAAGCUGGAUGAGCUGGAGGCUGCCCUGCAUCAGGCCAAGGAGGAGCUGGCCCGGAUGCUCCGUGAGUACCAGGAGCUGAUGAGCAUGAAGCUGGCCCUGGACAUGGAGAUCGCCACCUACCGCAAGCUGCUAGAGGGCGAGGAGAGCCGGAUGUCUGGUGAAUAUCCAAAUUCCGUGAGCAUCUCCGUCAUAAGCAGCACCAACGCUGGGGCAGGUGGGGCGGGCUUCAGCCUGGGAUUUGGCGCCUCGAGCAGUUACAGCUACAAACCUGCAGCCACCGAUGUCAAAACCAAAGGCAGCUGUGGCAGCAAAUUCAAGGGUUCUCUUGCCAAAACCUCGGGCAGCAGCCGUGGAAUGAAAAAGGCCUCCAGAUGAAGGGCAGCAGAAAGCUCAGAACCCCUGCAUCUCCCUGUCCUUCUGCGGGUUCCGUUUCCAGCCAG